AUGCCUUCCAUGAUGAAGUCCGCUGCUCUCUUCGGCGCUUUCGCCGCCUCCGCCAUGGCCCACGGUACCGUCUCCGGUAUCGUUGCCGACGGCACCUACAGCCAGGGCUACAACCCCUCCAUGCAGUACCAGAGCCCUGCUCCCAAGGUCGUCGGCUGGUCCAUCCCCCAGGACCAGGACAACGGCUUCGUCGCUCCUGACGCUUACGCCGAUGCCGACAUCAUCUGCCACAAGGGCGCCACCAACGGCCAGGCCGUUGCCGACGUCAAGGCCGGCGGCACCGUCGACUUCCAGUGGACCACCUGGCCCGAGUCCCACCACGGCCCCGUCAUCACCUACAUGGCCAACUGCGGUGGUGACUGCACCACUGCCGACAAGAAGACCCUCAAGUGGAACAAGAUUGACGCCAAGGGUCUGAUUGACGGCUCCAGCGCCCCCGGCACCUGGGCCACCGACAACAUGAUUUCCAACAACAACACCUGGACCACCACCAUCCCCGACAGCAUUGCCGCGGGCCAGUACGUCCUCCGUCACGAGAUCAUCGCCCUCCACAGCGCUGGCCAGGAGAACGGCGCCCAGAACUACCCCCAGUGCGUCAACGUCAAGGUCACUGGCUCCGGCACUGAGGACCUCAGCAGCACCGGUACCCUCGGUACCGCGCUGUACAAGGCCGACGACGCCGGCAUCAAGAUCAGCAUCUACUCUUCGCUGUCCGACUACGAGAUCCCCGGCCCCGCCAUGUGGACUGGUGCCUCUUCCGGAUCCUCCACCGCCGCCACCACC